UAUGUCAUUAUUAAGUUUAUUCAACAAAUACAUUCUAUCAUCCUGUAGCUCGAUAACUCGUUAUCCAGUUUAAAGAAUGUUUUUGUUGAAUACAGUUAGUGACGACAUGUAGCUUUGAAUUUUCUGUAAUACCCAAGCAUUUUUAAAAAGCUGGCACGAGAAUAACUUUCGUAUUUCGUAUUCAAAUAUUCAUUUCUCUCACAAGUACUAAAUUAAAUAGUGACAAGGUUUUAUCUUCAUAUUCAACCCAAUGCAUAUAUCAAUCAAAUUUCAGCUUUUCUCGAUCAAUUUAAAAAAUCAGUAUGGACGACCCAAUACGGUAACCCCUUAGUGAAAACUUUUAAAAUUAGUUUUCAGAUUCCUUCAGUAAAACUGAUCAGCGACCUGCGUUACAAAUUACAGAUUUGUUCCACCAAUUUUAGAAACCAGCCUCCAGUCUGAAAACCACUAUCCUAACGUGAAAUUCAGUUCUAAUGCAGUCUCAACCAUAGAUUAUCAUCAUAAAUCAUAAUCUCAAGAGGGAUUUAAGAUUCCAAUGAACUCUAAACCAGAAACUUCAAUCAAAAAUAAUAAUCUGAAGAUGCUUGAAAGGUUCUAAUGCAGUCUCAACCAUAGAUUAUCAUCAUAGAUCAUAAUCUCAAGAGGGAUUUAACAUUCCAGUGAACUCUAAAGCAUAGAUUAUCAUCAUAAAUCAUAAUCUCAAGAGGGAUUUAAGGUUCUAAUGCAGUGUCAACCAUAGAUUAUCAUCAUAAAUCAUAAUCUCAAGAGGGAUCAAAGGUUCCAAUGAACUGUAAACCAGAAAUUGGGUAGCAUGUUUUUGCUGAUUUUUAUAAAAAUUAAUUUUUAAUUUACCCCGGGUAUCCCCACCCAUUAUAAAAUUGCUGUUGUCAACCCCGAGUUUAUAACAUCUGCCCUGACAAUAUAUUCUAAAAUUCUAAACCUCCUCAACAUUACACGUUUGAGUUUCAAAUUUCACAGGAAAUUUCAUCUUCAAAUUUAUAUUUUUUCAACUAUAAAUCACUCAAAGCAUAGAUUAUGAUCCAACAAAGAAUUCUAGCCCUUAAAAUACAACCUCAAUUUAAUCCUUCGAAAAAAAUAUGGCCUUCGGCGUGGUCUCGUACUGCAUUGACCGAUUCAAUUCGCAUGAAAUCUCGUCGAAAAAUCAAUGUUUUUUCAACUCCAAAACACUCAAAGCAUAGAUUUGGAUCCAACAAAGAAUUAUAGCCCUUAAAAUACCACCUCAAUUUAAUCCUUAAAAAAAACAUGGCCUUCGGCGUGGUCUCGUGGUGCUUGGCCGAUUUAAUUCGCAUGAAAUCUCGUUGAAAAAUCAACGACGACGAUCAAUACGACAGCCAUUGAGAUUUCAAUAAAGAUGCCCUUUGCUCACCCAACCACCAUAAUCGUCGAUGAUGAGGAAUCUGGUCCAUCAUCUAAACUAGCGCAAGUGCGAAGAAGCCCCAUUCUUACCGUCGAAAUGAUUUCAAACAUGACCACCACUCCAUAGAAAUCCAAGAGCAAACGAAAAAGAAUCGAGACCCCACAAAGUGCAAGCAGUACAGAGAGGACAAAAAAGCUGGAAAGUUGUCAUCCUUAAAGAAACGGCUGUCCUUUACGCCCGGUUCACGUUUGUCCUUAAUUUAAAACCAAAGCGUCGCGUCAUCAGUAGGUCUACAUUCUCGACACGGAAUAUCCCCAAUUGUUUCUAGAUCAAGAUAUCUGGAAAAGUUUGAGAACCUGCCGCUCAAAAAACUCAAAAAACGGAGGGAACGUUUUUGGCCAGAGUUUGUAAAGUCUGUUUAUAAUGUGACCGCUGUUGCAAUCGACAAGAACACUUUGCAAGUGUUCUUGUCAUUCAAUUGUUUUAUGAAUUAUAGAACAAAAUUCCUACUCAUUGCAAGUAUAGCGGAAAUACAAACCUACAAAGGCUCAUUUACAUACCUCGGACCCGACAUGUGGGCGUACCCGACCAAAAUCGACCGCCUAUCGCUACUAUUAUUUGAGAAAUACAGAGUUGACAAUGUCGCCUUUGCCAGGGAGACUUUGUUUUCUAAAGUUGCAAGCUGUAGAUAUGCGAUAGGACUAGAAAAUGAUGAUGAAUUAGACUGGAAAGAAUGUGUCAAACUAGCCAACGACCUCUAUUCGGAGAUUAAAAAAUUGCAUUCUAAAAGAAGACAAAUAUGUGAGCUUAUUCUACAGCAAGUUUUUCCGACAGUUCACAAAUCCAACGGAAUCUUGAUUUUUGGUACGGGGAAGUUAACACACAUCAUGAUGUGCAUAGCGAAAUUCUACAUUAAGAACAACGCCAAAAAAAUAUGAAAAAAUAUGACCCCAAAAACAUGGCAGAAUUACGCUUGGUGGAUUCUGGCGUAAAGGCACAAGAGGCCGUAGGCAUUACCAAAGACAUUAUAAAAAUCCUCUACUCAAGAUCGCCCAAUGAAGACAAGCCGUGGUCAGAUAACUACCCUCCGACCCUUGAUUUUGAGAAAAAAAUCCACUAUGUAAUGGCAUCAACUUUAACGGCUGGUGGCACGCUCAGACCAAAUGGUUACAUUAGGCAAACUGGGGUGUCUGACUGUACAAUAAUUUUUUGGAUGAGGUUCGCUGCAAUUCUGCAUCAUCUUUACUCGCUAAAAGGAACACAUGAAGAGGUGUCAAGCCAUCCACGUUGCGAACGUGACCUUGCAGGAGUCAAAAUGGAUAAUCUGCGGACACUGCUUAGGACCGGAAAUCUGAAUGAUCUCGAAUUCAUGCAGAAAACGGGACGAAUCGUUCUGUUUCACUUUGCAGAUACUUUUGAUAUUAAUCCACCACAAUUCCUCGAUUUCCAAAAUUUGGAAAACAAUCAAAAAACCACAAAGUAUUGGAACAUGGUCGAGUUGGACGUCCAAGAAAACAUUGAGACAAUUAUCUCCGAACCUGAACCUCCGAGAAAACCUGGUCCCAUGCCAGUUCCAAUCUUUAAACAACUAGUGGCAGCAUGUUUUUCAAUCGUCAUCAGAACGGAGCAGAAUUUGGAAUCAUUUCAACAACUUGUCCAUGGCGAUGGUAUUAGAUGUUAUAACCUAAAACUUGCCUUUUCUUCUUUUUGUGGUGGGAGAAUGGAUGACCAAGUCUUGCUAGACUUUACAACACUAGUAACUGCUACUUACGGUCAUACUCUGCAAUUCCACUUAAAUAAACAUCACCACUGUAUGAAAACAGUGUACGUUUAUCAAACAAGGCAGUGGUCAAGUCUUCAAGAAUUUACACAUCAUACAAACAACAUCAAAUCUCUCGAGCAAAACCCGGAAACAAAAUAUAGUGUGAUAAUCAAGACCAACAUGAUUGCCAACACCGAGAUAAUCAUCUCAAUGUUGUAUUACACAUGGGAUUAUGCGUUGGCUGAAGAAGAACACAAAGCAAAAUCUAAAGCAAAGGCAAAAUCCAAACCACCUGUAAAGAACUUUCUAACAAUAACAAGUUCAAAUAUUACAAUCCAUCAACACUUCAUUUUAAAACUCUUUGGAGACGAACCUGGUCCUAACAUCCGAUAUCUUGAGAAAAAAGUGCAAGCUGACAAGUCACAAAGUAAUAUUUGGAACAUCCUCUACGCAUUCUCCUGUCUUCCAUGGGGUACAACGAAAAACCUCGAAGCCACACACUCCCAGAUUGACAUAAUCUGCGAUCGAAUCAAUACGCUUUGCCCAACCAACUCACGUCAACCAGGAUACUCGGAAGCUGGCCUCGUUGCACUUUUAUUGGUCAAAGUGGGGCAAUAUUCCCAAAAUGGGGGCCCUGAGUUGGACUGCUUCGAUUGGGCCGAUUCAGAAGACGCUGCAUCUUCUGAUGAUGAUGAUGAUGAACAACAACAACAACAUAAAAAGGGAUCUCUAUUUGUUCAACAACAAAAAAGUAAAAUGGCCAAUCAAAAUCCAACUCCCCAGAAAUGUACCCCAAAACAUGGAAAAUCAUCUUCAUCGGACAGGACAUCCGAAAAGAAAAAGUCAAACCAGAACGCAACUCCAAAGAAAUCUAAAAAGAAACCAAAUCCACAAAAGUUGUUCAAGUAAUUUGGAACCAGAUCUGAUUAUUGGGUAACGGUCAAAAACUCUAGUCAUCAACUUUCUUCUCAGAAAUUCUUCCUUUCUUCUCAUUUUAACACAUUUCUAAAUCAUCUCGAUACAAUUAAAUUCAAAAUCAGUCUAUAUAUAACCAAACCCAACUCAAUGCUAGAUGGGGUCACCUAUGACCGAUCCAGGUUUUCCCAAUGUAUGGCUGGGUUUUCCCUUGAUCCGUUAAGUUGGGUCAAACUUUCCUUUCAUCCAAAGAUUUAUCGAAUAAACAAACUUUUCUUGGAAGCUGUAUCCAAAUAAUAAAAUCCUAUAUAUUUUCUACUCGUA